AUGAAAAACGUUCUGGCGGGCCACGCAAAUCUCUCUCCCAUUGGCUGCCUCCGCCACGCCACCCGCCUCAAUGGUGCUCGGCGGAGGGGCACGCGGGCGGGCGCGCGGCGGCGGCGCAGCCAAUCAGAGGCGGCGGGCGGAACCGAGCGGCGGCUUCCCAUUGGCUGGCGCCGGAGGGUAAACAAGCGGCGGGGGCGGGGGCGCGGCGGGGGGCCGCUGGCGCGGGGCUGCGGGAGGCGCAGAGCGCAGCGCCGGACCCGGCGAGGAGCGGAAGCUCGAACCGAGCGGGACCCCGACCCGACCCGACCCGACCCGGACCGCGGCGCCGGCACCGACCCCGGCGCUCGCCCUCGGCUCGCCCCGCUGCGGCUGAGCCCGAAACAGCGGCGUCCCGGCCGGCCCCCCCUUUUUUCCUCCAGCCGUGCACCUGUCGCAGACCGCCGGGACCCCCCUCCCCUGGCCGGCGUCCAUGCUGAGCGGGCGGGGGCACUGCCCGCCUCCCCCGCACCAUGGAACGGCUUCUACGACCAGCAGGUUCCCUUCAUGGGCCCCGGGAAGUCCUGUGCAGAGGAGGGCCGAGGCCGUCUGGGGUCCGAUAGGAAAAAGGAAUUUUGGAGGACGGAUCUAGCCCAUGACUCGGAAGAGCUCUUCCAGGAUCUCAGCCAGCUCCAAGAGGCCUGGCUAGCUGAAGCUCAGGUUCCCGACGAUGAACAAUUUGUCCCGGAUUUCCAGUCUGACAACUUGGUCCUGCAUGCCCCACCUCCUGCAAAGAUCAAGCGGGAGCUGCACAGCCCUUCCUCGGAGCUGUCGUCCUGCAGCCACGAGCAGGCUCUCUGUGCCAGCUACGGGGACAAGUGCCUCUACAACUGCUGUGCCUAUGACAAGCCCCCCGCCGGGUUCAAGCCAUUAACGCCGCCCACCACGCCGAUGUCCCCCGCCCACCAGGGCUCGGCCCUGCCCCCGGCUCAGGCUCCGGCCCCCGGCCAUGCCCGCAAGCUGCCCCCGGGGCAAGCCCUGGCCCCGCACCCGCUGCAGGAGCAAGAGCAGCAAACCUUUGCUGUGCCACGGCCUCCCUCACCACCCCUGCAAAUGCCAAAGAUGAUGUCUGAAAACCAGUACCCUACAGAGCACAGGUUUCAGAGGCAGCUGUCAGAGCCCUGCCACCCCUUCCCCCCAGCCCGGGGUGCCUGGGGACAGCCGCCCGUCUACCACCGGCAGCUCUCAGAGCCCCUGGGCCCCGCUGCCCCCCGCCCCCUCAGGGAUUCAAGGCAGGAGUACCAUGACCCCCUCUAUGACCGGGGGCCUGGCCUGCCUGGCCCCCAGCCAUGGCUUCCAGCCCCCAUGGGCAUCAAGCAGGAGCCCGGGACUACUGCAUUCGACUCAGAAGUGCCAUAAUUUGGUCAGUCCUCAUACCUGCGGGGGAACGUCUUUCCCAGCAACCACGAUGGAUUUUCCAUUAUGAAAAAAGACACACGAUUGUAUUUUGAUGACACGUGCGUGGUACGGAGCGGCUGGAGGCACCUCCUCCCUUCUCCAGCUCUGACUCUGGCCCUGGUGAAGCAGGAGCCCACCCUGUACCGGGAGGGCCCUCCCUACCAGCGCCGUGGCUCUCUGCAGCUCUGGCAGUUCCUGGUCACCCUCCUGGAUGACCCUGCCAGCCACUUCAUCGCCUGGACUGGACGGGGCAUGGAAUUCAAACUCAUCGAGCCUGAGGAGGUAGCCGGCGUUGGGGGCAUCCAGAAGAACCGUCCCUGCCAUGACUACGACAAACUCAGCCGCUCUCUGCGCUACUACUACGAGAAGGGCAUCAUUGCAGAAGGUGAGUGGGAGGGGGUGGCUGGGGAGCGGUACGUCUACAAGUUCGUCUGCGACCCCGACGCCCUCUUCCUCCAUGGCCUACCCCGACAACACCAGCGUCCCUUCCUAAAGACAGAGCCCGACUGCCCAGUGCCUGAGGAGGAGACGGUGCCCCUGACACACUUUGAGGACAGCCCGGGUUACCUCCUGGAGAUGGAUCCCUGCAGCAGCCUUCCCUACGCCGAGGGCUUCGCGUACUGACUGCCGGCGGGCACAGCCCACGAGUGCUGCCACCUCCACUCUGGGCAAAUACGGUUUUUGUAAAGAAUACUUUCUUUUUUUUUUUUUUUUUUUUUUUCUUGCUGUUUGUAAGGUGGAAAACAACCAAACAAAACCAACACAAAGCAAACGGUGGGCACAUCCACAAAUUGGAGGAAUCUCAAAUGCCCAGGGUGUGACACCACCCAAUUCCCACCCUUGCUGUCCAAGGGCUUGUGCAUGGGACUGCCGUGGCUGGCACCUCCCGCCGAGACAUUCACCGGAUGUUCUGGGGCAAAAGACACUUUCUCUGAGCCUGGCCCCGUCCCUUGCCAGCACCCUGAGGGGGGGGUCGGCUCCAGCAGUGCCCCGGGGCUGGGGCUGAGCUGGCGUUGGGCCACCUGGCAAGUUGUCAGACAAUCUGCUUUGCAUCACAGACGACGAUCCGAUCCGAUCCGACCGCGUAGCUGCCUUGUGUGGUGGAAAGGGCUUUGAUUUGCACAGAGGAAGGAUGUGGGGGGGGGCCGCCUGGGCCAGCACCCGGGCUGAUGCCUGCUGCAUCUCACCCAACCUCCAGGAGCCUUCUGCCUUCUUUCCCAAACGCCCCCAUCCUCGUGAUAGAACCUGCUCUAAUGGUUUCCCAGCCUCUCCCCGCUUCUCUCCUGCCCCUCACUUCUCCCCAGCUCCCAGCUGUGGGCCAUGGGUUGCAUUUCAGGGGAGGAGACCCUGACACUAUCUCCUCCCCCUGUCCUUUCUUUUUUUUUUUUUUUUUUUUUUUUCCCUGGAUGUUUUGGGGGAGGGGGGAAAAGGUUUCUAAAACUGGUUUUUUGUAGAUUUUUUUGUAUUCUAAGGCAAAGCUAUAUUUUGCAGCCCGGCUGGCUGUUGCUGGGGCCCUGGGGGGGACCCCCUUUGGCUUUUCUGGUGACAUGCUUGCAGGGGGAGCCCUGGGUGCCCACGGCUCACUGGGAAUGCCUGCCGAGUAAUCUGGUCCACUCCAUUUCACCCCUCCAGUCCUCUUUUCUGGGGCACCAGGGCCAAACCAUGGUGCCAGCUCAGCUGCAUCCCUCCCCUGCUCAGCAUGGCCUGGGAGCUGGGUUGGAAGGCUGCAGGGGGGGCAGUCAUGGGGGGUGGUCCCUAACCCCCUUUUCCUCCAGCUCCCCCUCUCCCUGCUGCCCUCCUGACGCUCCUCUGCCACUCGUAUAUCCAUACCUGCCCCUCCCUCCACUGGCUACAGUUUUUGUUGUAAAUGCUGUAUAGGAAGUUUGGGUUUUUUUUUCCUCUUCCUUAGUUGUUAUGCUUUGGUUGGAUUUUUUUUUUUUUUUUGACUGAUUCAUUCUUUUGGGUUUUGUUUUGGGUUUUGUUUUUUUUUUUUUUUUUAGGAAGUAUGAAGAUUAACUCUGGGUAGACUGGGUUGCUCUCCCCUGCAGGGGUCUGCCCCCGGGGGAGGUUUGGUUGGAGGAACCCACCUUUAGGGAGAGGGUUUUUAGCAGGUCUAACAGUGCAGAAGGGGUUAAUCUGAAGACUGAUUUGAAACUCUUUACUCAGCAGGGCUGUGUAUCUUCCCCUGCAAAGCUGCGUACAUAUCUGUACUGUGUACAAUAAGGAUCUUGCUUCUGUUCU